AUGCUGGCGUCGCUGUCCGAUAUGCUGGCGUGGAAGCCCAGCGGCUCCACGGCCAAGCAUACGAAGCCGCGUCGCGCACCCACCGCUACGUCCGAGAUGGAAGACUCAUGCGACGAUGUAUCUGAGACCGAGAGCGCCGAGUCCAGCCAGUCGGGAGCUCCUUAUCUGCGCCGCCAGCAGUCGUGUCCUUCAGUACAGCGCAAGGGUCGGCUGGACACGCAGCCCGAAAGCGAGAGCGACGCCGAGUCUGCGCCUCGCCCUGCGCUCAAGGCAGUCUACUCGUUCGCACGCGCUGGACUCACCUCGUCCUCCAAACUCUUCCUCGUUAAGCCCCGUCACACGCCUAAGACGCCCUCGGGCUCCACUCCCAGGAAGCCGCACUCUCGCAGCAUCGACGCCGUCUCGGAUCAGGAUCUGACCACCAAAUCGGCAGGUGCACGCGUAGCCACCCCCUUUGGACUCGGUAAGAUCAUGGCGAUCCGAGGCGACGACGGCGUUGCUGCCAUUGAACUGCAGGCGUCCGGACUACUGUUCCUCAAUGCUACAGAACUGGAGAAGACACAGGUCGUCCCGGCGCUUGUAGGUGAGCGCGUGCACACGCCGUCCGGAUCCGGACGCGUGUUGAAGUAUGAUAUCCGUGAGCAGCUGUACACGCUGCGCUUAGGAGCAGGCGGUGGCCUUGGUGAGUAUGAGCUCCAGCUCCGACCGUCCGAUGUCCGAGCGGCAGACAUCAGCAAGAAUGGACAAGGAUCGGUGCAGCGGCGUCCACGGGGAAUGUCGGAGGGCAGUAAUGUGGACUGGGAAUCGAGACGUACGCGCUCCAGACGCUCCAGUGCCAGUCCGCCCCCUGCUGUUGCAGGCUUGACGUUGCUCAAGAACAUUGCUACGACCUCGUACACGUUUGUAGCGAGCAAAUACCACCAGGGACAGCCCGUGAUCACCAAGUUUGGCGCCGGGCAUAUCCUCUCGGUGGACCCGCAGCGCGGAUCGGCACAGAUUCAGCUCGUAUGGGGCGCGGUGGCAUACCUUAACGCCGAUAUGAUUGAUUUCUACCCCAAGGCGCUGGAAGGCACCGACGUGCAGACUAAAUUCGGAUCGGGGAUCGUCAUUGGACUGAGACCAGCCGAUGCUAUCUACACCGUGCGCUUGCAUGACCCGCAACCUGCCGGGAAGUCUGAUGUGGUUUUUGUGCAUGAGUCUGAUCUGCACCGGAGCCGGAGGAUCGUAGUCACGGCUGCGAAUGUUCGUGACAGACUGAAGGCAAUGGCCCAGCGGCGUUUCGGUGAACGCAUUGUGGUGGCUCACCAGAACCACGAUGAGGAGCCCAACUCCGCAGGUAUUUAA